AAACCGAACAGAAAUGGCGGUACCAGCGAGGCGCAAUGGUCUCUAAUGGAAGAAGACGACGAUCACGAGGACGAGAACUCUCUUUUCGAAGGUGAAGGUCUCAACGUUGAAAUUGAAUCUGACACGCCUCCUCAUCUCCGAGAACUCACCGUCGGUGCCCAGCUCGGCGACGUUGAUGCCCUCCGCCGUGCGAUAGGGUUUCGUCUACCCUUUCCUCUUCUAUUUUUUCACUUCUCUUUACUUGUUUCACUCUUCAUUGAUCGAAUUUUUGUUUUUGUUCGAAUUCGAACUGUUCCUACUAAUUAUUGUUAUUGGCCACUCUAAACCCUAGGGUUUGUCCUGUUAAGGAUUCUAAAGUUUGUAGUAUAUGAGGAGAAUGGAUUAUUGGUGAAAAAGUUGUUCUUUUUUUGGUAUCAUAAUUCAUAAUGUAGAAGUCUGUAUUCUGCCAGUUAUUCUAUGGAUUGGUAUGAGCUUUUGCAUUCUUCUAUUGAGUCGAUUUGAUAAUUUAUUUUUUAUCUCUUUUUGCUCAAUCUGAUGAAAUGAAAGCAGCUGCACAUCUUGAUGCUGUCAAUUGCAGGGAGUUUUGUAACUAAAUAAAGCUAACGUAUUGGUAUAUCAUAGGGAGUAUAUCUUGGGAAAUAUAGGCAAAGAUGAACGGGGGCGUUGGACUCACUGAAAAAGUGCCUUAGAACCCUCUCGAGGAGGCUACUUAGAGAAUUCACUUGCUUUCUAUUUUGUCAAGUUUAAUUCCAGAUUUCUGUAGUCUCUUAUAACGCCUGCUAACACUUUCCCUUCUUGUUAUAUAGAUAACUUAAAUGGCGGCAUUAAUGAGCCUGCAGAAGAUGGGGACACAGCUCUCCAUCUCGCCUGUCUAUACGGCCAUCUGCCUUGUGUCCAGAUCAGUGCCUCAUAUUUAACAGCCUGCUCCACUCCCUCUCUACGUUAUCCCUAAAACAAUAGGAGGAAGUAUUAUUCUUAUUUAUGGUCAAGAAAUUUGUUCCCAUGCAGCUACUCUUGGAGAGAGGGACUAAUUUGGAGGCAAAGGAUGAGAUGGUGCAGUUCCUCUACACGAUGUUUGUUCAGGAGGUCUGUUACAAUUGCAAAUUUUUGUUACCCUGAAUUUUUCCUCUAUUCUUGUACUGGCUUUACUUGAUCUCCAUUUUAAUGACUGCUUCAGGAUUUACUGAGAUGGUACAACUUCUGCUUAACAAUGCUAAUCAUGCCAACUAUGUGAAAAUGUUGCUUGAAUCAGUUGAAAUGGAAGCUGAUACUGUGAGUACUACAUAAAUCUUAAUAUCAUGAGUUUUACUUUUACUCCUUACUCGUUGAUGAAAACCUAAAGUUGGUGAAUUCUCUUUUCCUUGGCUUAGUAAACUGCACGAUUUCCAUUACUACAAGAAAAACCAGACUAAUGUUUAGCCCAUGUAUCUACUGAAUAAAGGAUACUUAAAAGGGGGCUGAAGAAUGGAGCAGUUGCCCCUCUUCCAACAAGAGGUGAGCAUGUGGAUAUUAUAAGAUUGUUGCUGGCUUCAGGAGCUUCUCCCACAAAGACAAAUGUAUAUAGAAAGGUUAGAUAAUUUUAUAUAUAUAUAUAUAUAUAUAUAUAUAUUUUUUUUUUUUUCUCUCUUUUUUUUAAAUAUAUUUCAAACUAGAGAAUGGUGCACUCCAAGUGAGCCGGCUGAUCCAGAUACAAAAGCUAGGAGAGUUUUGGAGGCAGCUACUGGUGCUGAGACUUGUCAAUGAAAACUAAAUUGAUUGUUCUCUAAAUAUACCAUUAGCUACUCUCUUUUUGGGGGGUGGUUGUGGUUGGUCAUUGUUUGAUCCCAUGCAGCAGUAGGUAGACCAUUAGUGCAAUAGGAUAGGGUUUCAGUAUUCUUUCGUUAUUUCAUAUAUAGCAUCCGAAUGUCUUAAAUGACUGCAAUUUCAAGUCAUUUGUCUGUUCCAUGACACAUUUAUACCAAUAAUAUUUUUAUACGAAA